GGCUCUGCCCCACCUCAUGGUGAUCUACUAUAAAUAUAAAUUGAGGAGUUGGUGGGGGAAGGUUAAAGAAGACAAGUAAAGUUUGUAACAAACACUACGGACUGAAGAUUCAGACCAUCUAAGCAGAGCAAGACAUACAACACACAAUCCUAAAGAUGGGCGAGCCGAUCCAAUUAAAAGACGAGGGAAACAAACACUUCCAGGCAGGAGACUUCGACAAGGCCAUUGAGUGCUACACUAGCGCCAUCAAAGUGUGCAAUGACAAAAAAGUGCUUGCUGUCAUUUACAGGAACAGGUCGGCAUGCUACCUAAAAAAGGAAAACUAUGCCAAUGCAGCAUCAGAUGCAUCUAAAGCGAUUGAUGUUGAUGCAGCCGAUAUUAAAGCCUUGUACCGGCGUUGCCAAGCUCUGGAGAAGCUAGGGAAACUGGACAUGGCUUUCAAGGAUGUGCAGAGAUGUGCCACCAUCGAACCAAAGAACAAGACCUUCCUGGAGACUCUCCGCAGGCUAGGAGCAGACAUCCAGGCCAAGCUCAAGACAACAUUCUCCACAGAUUCAAGGGUACAAAAUAUGUUUGACAUUCUCUUCGAUGAUGAAAUGGAAAAAGACAAGAUAGAAAAAGCUGCCAACAACUUGAUUGUGCUGUCAAGAGAGGAUGCUGGAGCAGAGAGAAUCUUCCAGAAUAACGGAGUGCCUCUGCUGCUCAACAUGAUUGAGACAGGCAAACCAGAGAUGAUCCUGGCUGCUAUUCGCACAUUGUCAGGAAUGUGCACAGGACACAAAGCUCGAGCCAUGGCUAUUGUUAACAUGGUGGGUAUUGAUAAGCUGUGCAGCAUCAUGGCCGUUGACAAUGAGGAGAUCGCACUUGCAACAUGCAACCUCUUCCAGUGCAUCAACGACUCCCUCACUGGUGGAGAUAAAAGGGAAUAUGGGAAAGAAGAAGCCUUGGUUUUAGAUGCGUCUAAAGAUCUGAAAACCAUUCUUCUCUCUCUGCUGGAGAUGGUUGCUAGUAAGAAGGUGUCUGGUCAUGGCAGAGACCAGGCGCUGAACCUCUUGAGCAAGAAUGUACCUCGCAAAAACAAGAAAGAUCAAGACCACUCCAGGACCCUCUUCACUAUUGACCACGGUCUAAAGAAGAUCCUCAAGGUGUGUGGUCAGGUUUCUGAACUGCCAGACCAGCUGCCCUUGACAGAUAACACACAGUUGAUUGCCAGCGUGCUCCUCAACAAGCUCUAUGACGACCUCAAAUGUGACCCAGAGAGAGACAACUUCAGGGACAUUUGUGAUCAAUAUAUCAAAGCUAAAAUUGACCCCAACGACAUGGACAAGACCAUUCAUGCCAUCAACACCAUCUCAGGUCUCCUUCAGGGUCCCUUUGAUGUCGGUAAUGCUCUGGUUGGACAUCAAGGUAUAAUGGAGAUGAUGGUGGCGCUUUGUGGCUCUGAACGUGAGGUGGACCAGAUGGUUGCUGUGGAGGCGCUGAUCCAUUCCUCCUCGAAGAUGAGCCGUGCCAGCUUCAUCGUCACCAAUGGUGUAUCACUGCUCAAGGACAUCUACAAGAAGACCAAGAAUGAGAGGAUUAAAAUACGUUCGCUGGUGGGUCUCUGUAAACUGGGUUCAGCCGGAGGUGAUGAUUACAGUUUAAGGCAGUUUGCUGAGGGCUCCACAGAGAAGCUGGCGAAGCAAUGCAGAAAGUGGCUUUGCAAUCCCCAAAUUGAUACCAAAACAAGGAAUUGGGCUAUUGAGGGUCUUGCUUAUCUGACUAAUGAUGCUGAUGUGAAAGAUGACUUUGUUGAGGAUGAGAUUGCAAUGAAAGCCAUGUUCGAACUGGCAAAGUCUAAGGAUAAGACAAUCUUAUACUCUGUAGCGUGCAUCCUGGUGAACUGCACAAACAGCUACGAAAAGAAGGAUAUCAUACCGGAGCUGGUUCAACUAGCCAAGUUCUCCAAGCAACAUGUGCCUGAGCAACAUCCCAAGGACAAGAAGGACUUUAUUGAUCAGAGAGUGAAAAGGCUGCUGAAGGCUGGAGUCACGUCUGCUCUUGCUGUCAUGGUCAAAGCAGACAGCUCCAUACUGACCGACCAGACAAAGGAGCUGCUGUCAAGGGUUUUCUUGGCAUUGUCACAGGAUCCCAAAGAUCGUGGUAUAAUUGUAGCCCAGGGCGGGGGAAAGGCUUUGAUACCACUUGCACUGGAAGGGACCGAGGCUGGAAAGGUGAAGGCCAGCCACUCCCUUGCCAAGAUUGCAUCUAUUUCCAACCCAGAAAUUGCAUUUCCUGGUGAGAGGGUGUAUGAGGUGGUACGACCGUUAGUUAGCCUCCUUCAAACCGACAGAGAUGGAAUGCAGAACUAUGAAGCUCUGAGAAGCCUCACCAACUUAGCUGGUUUCAGUGAAAAACUAAGAGUGAAGAUUGUGAAAGAGAAGGCUUUGCCAGAAAUUGAGAACUACAUGUUUGAGGAGAAUGACCAGAUCAGACAGGCUGCCACUGAAUGCAUGUGCAACCUUGUUACAUGUAAAGAGGUCCAAGAUCGUUACCUGCAAGAUGGCAAUGAUAAGCUGAAGCUUCUGGUGCUGCUGUGUGGUGAAGAUGACGACAAUCUUCAGUUGGCUGCAGCUGGAGCUCUGGCCAUGCUCACUGCUGCUCGGGAGAAGCUCUGUACCAAACUGACCCAAGUGACCACCCAGUGGCUUGAGAUCCUGCAAAGGUUGUGUAUCCACACCAACCCCAGUAUACAGCACCGCGCCCUUGUGAUUGUCUACAACUUGCUCAACUCAGACAACAGUGAGCUAUCCAAGAAGCUAAUUGAAAGUGAGAUGCUGGAAAUCCUCUCAGUGAUUGGCAAGGCGGCGGACAAUCCCAAGAGGCAGGAUGCCAUCGAUGCAGCUCGCUUGUGCCUGGUCAAAGCUAUGGAUCUUGGUCUCAUCAAACCCUUCAGCAGCCCUUCUUAAAAUACUGGCAACCAGAAGAACAACAGCAAUGGACAUUCUUCGUAUUUCCUCUUUUAAAUACAGACUUUUUUCCUGAAUGCUUUUUCCACAUCAAAGAUAUUAAAGGAUUCAGCAACCUUUUCCGAAUCUCUGAAGAUAAUCUCUCACAUUAUAAUAUAAUAUGUUUUUUACAACAUAUGGGCAAUUUCCCACAAUGAAGGAUCAUGAAAUGUAUUAUUUCCUUUUGUGCCAAACUGUGAAUGAAUGUUUAAAGAUUGAUUGGUUUACAUGUGCUUGUUUAUGCUGGAUUCCAUUGUUGGCAUUUUUCUUUCUUUUGGUCUGUUCCUUCUGUCUGUCUAGUUGGUCAGAAUAAGGUGUUACCUACAGUAUGUUUAGGCCUCUUAGAUCUUAUGCAUCAAGGUUGGAGUUCUGUAGAUCCAGUGUUGAAUUGUAUAUUUUUAUGCUAUUUCUAGUGAUUAUGUUCUUUCAAUUUUCUUAGGAGAUUAAACAAAAUAAUAAUAGAAAGUUACUACGGUGAUAGGACUAAUUCAUAUACGUUAUAGUUAAUUUUUUAACUUACAACUACUUUGCCGGACAUUUGACCUAAAAAACACAAAACAAAGACAUGUACAAUAUUCGACCCAGUCAGCGUGCUUGGGACUGUCACUUGUCAAUGUGAUUAAAAUUAGGGAAAUGUUAGUGAGUACAACAGAACGAUGACUACACACACACAGUCAUUGUUCCCAAAAUAUCACAAAUAGCCCAAAACCCCAACCUGUGCAGAAUAUGAACUAAAUCUGGGAGAACAGUAUAGCAAACUCAACCAUUAGUAUUGCGUAUAAUUAAAUAAUGUGCACCUGACUGAAAUUAUAGUAGAUUGUAGACUAUUUUUCUUCUUAUCUGUUCAAUCUUAUAGUUAAUUGCUUUGGCACAUUCAUGCAAACGAUUAUUGUAUGUUGUUUCCUACAUUAUCAAUUUCUUCAUCAUGUUAAUCCAAAUGUAUUAUACUGGUUCUAUGUUACCCCCAGAACAUUUAGGCAUUAGUUAAUUGCGUUCAAGUCAUUACAUGCAAAAUGCUUCAACUCAUAAUCUGCAAAGCAUAUUUUCAAUAUAUUUCCCUUUUUUUGUAAAUGUGUCCUGAAGUGAUGACCUGCUCUUAGUUGAAUCUGACUCUCACAAAUGAAGAGGAAUGUGUGAAUUGUUAGAUUAAUCAGUGAUCAACCAGUUAUAAUACAAUCGUUGGCCACAUUCUCAGAUGACCCUGGUGGCUGCCACAUGUAAGGACAUCACAACAGACGCCUGCAGAGGCUGGAUACCAUUUCAACAGAUUCUUUCUGCGCUGCAUUGCAAGGGAGGGGACAGGGGGGUAAAGUUAUAAUCCUAACCAUGACUAAGCUGUUUUACAAUAAUGUAUCACAACUUUAUGUGCACUGGUGCCCUUUCUUUAAACCUUUUUAUGAUCUUAUUUAAUUUCGGGCUUUCCAUCAUGAAGUUUGACAUAAACAUUUAUGCUACUUUUCAGAGAUAAACUCUGAAUUUAGAUAUUUGAAAAGGUUUUUGCAGGCAAUAAAUACAUUGUGUGGUGCUGUUUGAA